AUGAUCAUCACACCGCGAGAGGGCAAGGUGUGCCUUGUCUUUCUUACCUCCGCUGUUGUACUGAAGCCCCAGACUGUCACACGGGUAACGGGACGAUUGGAGAAAAAAAUAGAACAAUACAUCGUGGAGCCUGUCCUGGGAGUCCUGGUACACGCCCUGAUACCUCGGACCAUACACCAGGGGGGAGCAGAGCCAGUUGUGUGCCUCAUCAACGCCUCUGAUAGACACAUUAAGUUCUUCCACGGUCAAAAAGUGGGUGUAGUGUCUGAAGCUGAGGUUAUUGUGCCGGAAUAUGAGACAACAAUGACAUGGUGUAGAAUGGAUAAGAGUCCGUAUCAGUGCAGAGUCAAAGGGAUAGGGGAUCCAGUGGAAGAGAUGGGAGUGCCAGUGGUCCCACCUCGUUUGACAGACUUAUUUGAACGUUCCAAGGUUCAUUUGGAGGAUGACGAUAGGCGCCAGUUGGCAGAACUUCUGAUUGAAUUCCAUGACGUGUUCGCCCGGGACGAGCUUGACCUGGGUGACUUCUCAGCCAGAGAACAUUCCAUAGACACCGGGGAUGCCAAGCGGUUGAGACGCACAGCUCUCGGUUUUGCAGAAGAAGAGGAGGAACAUCUCAAGAAGAUGCUGAAGGGAGGCAUCAUCCAGCCUUCAAGCUCGGAGUGGGCCUCGGCGCCAGUGUUAAUCCGCAAGAAAUGUGGAGGUGUGCGCUGGUGCAUAGAUUUUCGCUCGCUUAAUGCCAGGACUCGAAAGACGUCUUCCCUCUGCCCUUGA